AUGAGCUCCUCGCUCGUAUGGCUCCCAUCUAAAAAGUACGACUCGGUCCGGCCGCUCUGGCAGGACCAAUACAUUUGGAGUCCCUUGCCCGUGGACAAUACCAUCCCCUUGCACCAGACGUCUUUUAUCGACAUUAGUGAAAACGAUGCCAAGGAGGCGACUCGCUCGAGGGCCAAUACCCUGAGGUCCAGGGCGGCUAGUACGGGGUCCAUCAAGCAUGUAAUGAGAGACGACGACAAUGGAGAAGCCGCCUUGAUACCGAUUCAAGGCAGCGUAUGCGGUGAUGACGACGAUGAUGAUCAUGACAAUGGUGGCGGGGACGAAGAACCAAACACGGAAAGAGGCGACACCGAACAAGACGGGCAUGAGAAGUUGUCUCAAGAGGUCCGUCGGGCAGCUGCACGGAGGAGUGUCCUAAUGUCCACCAAGCAACGUCCGCAGAGCAGCGCAGAGUUCAAGAGGCUGCGCAGCUUUCACCUCCCCGACAGGGUCCGAUCUGAGCCGUCGACGGCCACCUCUGAGGCUUGGCCGCCGGAUGUGCAGUUGCCAGAGGUCAUCGUGGUCGAUGAACCCCCAAGGGACAAACGAAAUGUCCCCAGCGCGGUUGGGGAUGAAGCCAUCGGCAAACCAAGCCGUGCCCAGGUGCCUGUAGUGGCGACCAGGCGAAUACAAGUGCCGCCAGUGCCCGACUCAAAGUCCAGAGCCAAGAGACAGUCGUCCAUGUUCUCAGUCACCGAGCUUCCCACCAUGGAUUUACCCGACAGCCAGCCAAUACUGCGGUCCAAGACAUUUGGCAGCCAGCGAAAGCGUCGGCAGGAGACAAAGACGGAGCAUUCCAAAAGAGAGGCAAAACCUCAUCGCUCCAAACAUCAUCAAGCUCGGCAACAGUCUCCUGCUCCGCUACCAACACUGCCACCACCUACGCGCCAACCAGAGCCAAAGAGCUCGACGACGCGCAAAGGCCAGGCGGCGCGCACGAGUCUAAGGCUGGAUCUCAACCUAGAGGUCGAGGUGCAGCUGAAGGUCAGCCUACACGGCGACCUGACAUUGAGCUUGCUAAACUAA